AGUCCAUUUUGUCACAUAAGCAGUUCUCUGUAAACAGUCGGCUGUGCGUUGGUGAGCAGGUUUAAUGUAAAUACCGCACGCUGUUUUGCAAUGCCUCCCGUCUGAUAAAGCCUAAUAAUCCAUGUGGAUACCUGAUCCCAGGGUCCUGUGUUUGUGUACUUGUCAGUGGACAGGGGAGGGAUGUUUCCUGGAAGUGCCCUGGAAUCAUUGGGCCUCUCUCCAGUGUGUGUGCAGCUCCCCCCAGCCCAGCAUACUGAACAAGAGGCAGAGCUGAGCUCACAAACCCAGCAGUGAGCAGGCCAGGCUGUACCAGCCUCUUGCCUCCUCUCUACAACGGAACAUGAUGUUACUCAGCUCAUUCUGUCUGAUCCUGCUGGCUUCCACUCUACUGAUGACCACGCUGUCGGAAGGACGGACGUUUUUAUCUUCGCAGUCCGCAUCUCAAUUCCUUACAAGAAAACGGAGAGCAAAUUCAUUUUUUGAAGAAAGUAAAGGUGGUGACCUGGAAAGGGAAUGUAUUGAGGAACUUUGCAAUAAGGAAGAAGCUCGGGAAAUAUUUGAGAACGCCCCUGAAACAGAAUUCUUUUACCCAAGAUACUUAGCCUGCCUUGGCAGCCAUCGCAAUGGGAAUGCAAAUAAGCUUAGUUAUCUGGAUUAUGAUGGCCCAGCAGACCUAAGAUCAUGUGUUACUGCACUUCCAGAUCAGUGCAAGCCUAUGCCCUGCCAUAAAGAAGGAUACAAGGAGUGUAAAGAUGGGAAAGGAAACUAUACCUGUGUGUGCAAACCGGGAUGGCAGGGAGUGCGCUGCAAUGAAGACAUAAAUGAAUGUGAGGAUCCCGAAAAGGAGAAUGCAGGCUGUAGCCAGAGGUGUGUGAACUUUCCUGGUGGAUAUCGAUGUGCAUGUGAAGAUGGCUACUACCUGCUGGCGGACAAACACACCUGUAACGAUAGAAAUGAAUGUGAACUAAGCCCAGUUAUCUGUGGAGGGGCGAAAUGCCGUAAUACACCAGGGAAAUAUGAAUGUGACUGCAACUCUGGCUAUCGGUUCAACACUUCCUCCAAGACAUGUGAAGAUGUAGAUGAAUGUGCAGAGGACGUCUGCAGUCAAAUGUGUGUUAACAUGCCUGGAAGUUACAAAUGUUACUGUGAAGGAAGAAAGAGGUUUAAGCUUGCGGGGGACAAGAAAUCUUGUGAACGUAUCCCAACGUGUGUUCCUCUCAAUCUGGAGACAAAUUACGAGUUGCUGUACCUGGCAGAGCAAUUCACAGGAAUUCCUGUUGUCUAUCUGAGAUUCAAACUGCCAGAUGUUACAAGGUUUUCAGCGGAAUUUGAUUUCCGAACCUACGAUGGAGAGGGAGUGAUUCUGUAUGCAGAGUCAGCUGACGCCACAUCAUGGUUUCUACUCGCUCUGCGUGAUGGAAAAAUUGAAAUUCAGUUCAAAAAUGACCUAUGGACAAAAGUUACAACUGGCGGCAAGUCAAUCAAUAACGGAGACUGGCAUAUAGUGUCAGUAGAAGAGCUGGAAAACAGUAUAAGUGUGAAGAUUGCGAAAGAAGCUGUUAUGAACAUCAAUAAUCCCAAAUAUCUGUUUAAACCUGUGAAUGGUAUUUUGGAAACCAAAGUCUACAUAGCGGGAUUGCCACGGAAAAUAGAAAAUCUCAUUAAACCGAUUAACCCCCGACUGGAUGGUUGUAUCCGUGGAUGGAACCUGAUGAAUCAAGGAGCACUAGGUGUAAAGGAAUUUAUCCAAGGAAAGCAGAGUAAGCAUUGCCUGGUGGAUGUGGAGGAGGGCUCCUACUAUCCCGGAGGAGGACUGGCCCACUUCAAACUCAACUACACUGAUAUCACAUCAAUUGAGGAAGAUUGGAUAGUGAAUGUUACUCUGGACAUUCGAUCAUCUACUGGCACUGGGGUAAUGUUUGCGCUAGUUAAAGAAGACACCGUGCCGUUGGCAAUAGCUAUUGAGGAUCAGUCAUCUGACAUUGUGCAAGACAUCAUUGUCAGUAUUAAAGGCAUCACAGUGGCACGACUGUCAACAAAAAGGAUAUGUACGGACAAAAACCUCUUCGUAGGCAUAACAGCUACAAAGUCAGCUCUGGAUAUCACAUCCGAUUCCUACACUGAAAUCCGCUAUGCGAACAAAGAAGAAAUGAAAACGCAGUUGUCGGUUUUGGAUCAGGAAAUGAAAGGACAAUUGGAUACAUAUUUAGGAGGAAUUCCAGAUAUCCCGCCUACCGCUACGCCUGUCUCCGCCUUCUACAUUGGUUGUAUGGAUGUGGCCAUCAAUGGAAAUCUGAUAGACCUGGAUGAGGCUGUGUCCAAACAAAAUGAUAUCCGGUCACAUUCCUGUCCUUUAAUUUCAUAGUUUUCUGGAAUUGUUUGCUUUUUUUUAUUAUUUCAUUUAGUUUAUUUUAUUUCUAUUUGUUUUUUUAGCACCUACUACUGAAAUACCAAACUUAUUUGAUAACAGAUGCAACAGAAUGAAAUAUUCUUUACAAUUGUACUUUUACUAUGCUGUGAGGUACCAAGUGCUGAAAAAAAUCCUAUGUGUUUUUCCAGCAUCUGAAAAAGUAUUGUAGCAUUCCAUUUAAAACAAUGUUAACUUUAUAGAAAAUACUAUGUUUUUUUUUAUAUAUAAUUUUAAGUUUUUUUGUGUUAAAUAAGAAGUCUACUAAUGCUUAUUCCCUUUAAACUUUCUGCCUAAUAUAAUCCAUCAGCCUUAUGUAUGACAUCUGACUGAAGUGCAAUUUCUAUUUCAUGACUUCAUCCUAGCAACCUAGCUUUUCUCUUUCCUGCUCCUAAGGUGGGCUAGAACAUGUGAAGCAUACACUCAUUGGCUGUUUAGACAGAACGUAAGUGUAAAAUUAUUGCGCUACCCAAAAAUAACAAAGAAACACUAAAAAAGCGAAUGGGGAGGUGAAGUGGCUGUACAAGUAUGUGUCAAAAUUCCAAAGGAGUGUGGGUGAAUGUGUAGCGCUACGUAGUAGUGUAAUGUGAAAAAACACCACAUAAAAUAUACUCAACAGGGUAUAACCAUAAAGUAAUAAUGUUUAAUCCACAUGAAAACAAUCAGUCCAUGUAGAAAUUCAACGUGAUAAAUUGUCCAUCAUGAGUAAAUAACAUAAUAAAGAUGUCAUGAGAUUGAAUGAACCAUCCCAAUGAAGAUCUUCAGAUGUAAUUAUGAAUGUGCUUACCGGAACCGAUGGACCUGACUGUCAUAUGACAACAGGUCAAAUCGAGCUUACGGUACCCAACCAGCUGUUCAACGGGACUGUCAACGAAGAUCCAAAAAUAAGUGGAAUACACCUCCCUGGUGUCCAGAAGACGUCAACCAAAGGUAAGGUCAAGGAGCCUGGUAUUCCUUAGCCGAAGGUGACUCCGAUAAAGGUGUCUCAACCAUGGAUUAGAUAGAGAAAUCACGAAGAUCCAACACCCAUCUGAGACCAGCUCAGUUCAGACAGACAGCAACCCUUAAUAGGGUGCCCCAGUAGAUGUCCUUCUUGGAUCAAAACGCGUCGGGCUAACAACACCUGCUCCCAUA